AUGGCAACAAUGAAAGAAAUCUCAACUAUGCUGGUUUUGAUUUUGGUGAUUGGUGGAUCUCUCACGACUGCACUCGGACAACCCUCCAGUUAUAAGGAGAUAGUUGAGAAAUGCAAGAAGAAGAUCCUGGAACUGGGAUCCUUCCCAGAGAAAACAUAUGAAUACAUUUUCUUCAACAAAGGAAGUCUUAAUGAUACGUUGUGCAAAGAUCUUGUGGAGCUGGGUCUAACUUGCCAUGUGAUAUUCACCAACGUUGUUGUCGUAAAACCUGAAUUUAAAGCAAAAGAUAAAGCAUACAUAUUUUGGUCUAGGGCUAUUACAAUGGAGACAUUGAACAAUUACUCGUCGGAAGUCAAUAAUCUAGCGUUGGCCAUCCUAGAACAGAUGGAAAAGGCCCUGAAAGUGAGUAAUGGGAUUAAGGAGGCAUUUGCAGAUGGAGCUCAACAGAUGCAGUUUAACUACUACCCGCCGUGCCCUCAAUCGGAGAAAGUCAUCGGCCUGAGCCCUCAUUCCGAUAUGGGUAUCACUGUCCUUCUUCAGGUCAAUGAUGUUGAAGGUCUCCAGAUUAAGAAAAAUGGCAAGUGGCUUACUAUUAAGCCCAUCCCAAGCGCCCUCAUCAUCAACCUCGGAGACAUGAUUGAGAAAGAAUUAGUUGCACUUAAAUCAAUUAUUAAGAAUGAUGGUGCCGUUGAAAGGAGGGUUUGCGGUGGUUGGCAAAAGAAGGGUUGCGGAUGA